GAGAGAAAACGCUACCAUUAUACUACGAUCAAACUCAAACCCCUGAAUUUUGAAGCGAAAUUGAGGUUAAUGGUUAGGGUUUAUGAAUGAUCAGGUGGGUUUGGUAUUUGACAUGAUUUAGGGAACAAAAGAGAUCUCUCUAUCUUCUCCAGAUUGUUUAGAAUUUUGGGUCUAGUUUCCAUAGAUUAAUAUUUUGAGAUUUGUUAUGGAUACGGCUCGUGGAGAGGGUAAAGAAGCUAAUGGAUGUGAUAAUAAGGCUAUAGUUAGUCUAAAUAGCAGUGAAAUUGAAGAUCAAAUCUCUGAGGAAGAAGAAAGUGAGUCACAAUGUUUAUUGCCUCCAAGGAAAGGAGGUAUGUCGAGAAGCAAUGACAAGAUUAAGAGGACUGUGCAGUGGAAUGACAACAAAGGAGACAAUCUUGCUGAGGUUUUAGUUUAUGAACCAAGUGAAGUUAGCGAUACAGAGGACGAUGAUUCAGAUUCUUGUAUCUGCACAAUUAUGACUUCUAACAAGAAGCCAGUCCAAACAAGGGAUGUAGACUCAUAAGCUAUAUCAGAUCGUCUCUCAUCUCAGUGACAGGAGUGAGUAUAUAGAUUAUUAUUACUGUAUUGUUCAAUAGAAGCUGAUCUUCAAA